AUGCGGAAGGAAGGAAUGGAAAAUCUAACUACUGGAAAGAUUGCAGAGAGAAGAGAUCGCGGUCGACAACGAAUAACAUUCGUGAAGUCCUUGUGUCACUUGUUGAAUAUCACCACAUUUCAACUGCUAAAAGUGUUAAAGAUCGUGUUUGGUGGAGGUAAAUGGUCGCCAAUAUGGAAUAAGAUUCUCUGUGAAAAAAUUGGAGAAAAUGAAACGUUUUUGAACAGCAUGCUAGAUAGGAAUUCGCCAUUAAACAGUAUGGUUAAUGGAAAAUGGACAAAGGAAAUUAGCAGGAUGUUCCUGUCCACAUUCAAAACUCUGCCUAUCAAACCUGAGUUUAUGCAGUGCAGAAUGAAAAACAACGACCGAAAAUAUUUAUUAAGAAAUCUUACUCAGACGCAAAUAACAUCAAUUUUUUCCAUAACUUUUCAUGUGUGUAAGUUGGACUCAGACAAAAAUCUAAGAGCUGCAUACAUAGCUGCAACAGACGGUUAUGACGUCUGUCUGUCAACUCCAAGUAUUAAAAUCUUGAGAGCGCAUUGCAUUUUCACCCCGCCAAUUUCCACAUUCGUCAUGAAUAAAACAGCAGAUUAA